GCCGCGCAUCAGCCCCCCAUCAAUCAGGUCGAAGAAUCCCCGCCUCCCCUAGGGUUUCCGCUCCGCGAGCCGGGUCGGGUCGAGUCGGGGGAUCCGCCGCGCCAUGGCGUCGCGCCCGUCGCUGAAGGCGAAGCCCAAGGGCAAGGGCGGGAGGAAGGGCGCCGCCCCGGGCGCGGACGACGGGGAGGCCACCAGGGCGGCGACCGCGGUGCGGCUCGUCAAGGAGUGGACCACGUGGACGAUGAAGACGGCCAAGGUGGCGGCGCACUACGGCUUCAUCCCGCUCGUCAUCGUCAUCGGCAUGAACUCGGAGCCCAAGCCCUCCAUCACGCAGCUCCUCUCCCCCGUCUGAUCGGGGCCUCCCCCGGCGCCGGCAGGGCCCCGGGUGCGGUCGGUCCCGCCUGCUCUCGUAGUAGCUCAUAGCUGGUUAGUUGUUUUCACAUGUGCUGGAUCGAGUGAUGCUUCUGUGAGGAGGUUGAGCGUAAUAAUUUCUUGUUGGCGGAUGUGUCUUCUAUAGAACGGACCAAAUCUGUUAAGUUGGUUAUAUGAAUCUGCUAUAUGCUAUUAAUGUGAUGGUAUAUGAACUAGAUCCUUGUUCAUC